AUGUCCACGGAUCCGUCUGUCCGCCGAUUUUUACCGCAGGAUGCGCACAACCUCCAAGCCGCACAAAUGAGCUCGUUUCACUUUGCGACGCAGCAGUUCCCCCAUCGGGAAACUCAAAGGAACUAUGUCUUCGUUGAUGAGCACAAUCGCCACAAGCGACUCAAAGUGAUGAGAGCGUGCGAAGGCUGCCGCAAGAGGAAAAUCAAGUGCGACGCGGCAACCACCAAUACCUGGCCAUGCUCGGCGUGUAUUCGACUGAAGCUGCACUGCGUCAAGCCCAACGGAUACGACGGAUCCGAUCUAAUGACGACGUACGGCGCUGUCUUGGGCCCUCCCAGUCAGUUUCAGCAAAUAUCCAUGCCCACAGGGCAACUGAACCACGACCCUUCCAAACCCUUGCCCGAUCUGUACGCCGGCGCAUUUCCAGACAGCGACCCGUCCGUCUUUCAGCAAGCUCAUUUCGACUCAACCCAUCAUGUCCUGAGCAAUCUACACUACACAACAGUCCCUGCUCCGGGGGCUUUGGACCCGGGCUAUGGUGGUCCGAAUCCGUUUCCCACGCCACCUAUGCAUCAAGGACAACACAAGCAGGAUUCGUCACCGGAAGCGCAGUCCGUCGAUUCUUUCCAGCAGCAGGGUCUGGCUGAUUUGCUGGGCGGACUCAGAGUGGACGAGAUUGGAACUGCGCCCUAUUUACGGAACAAGGCAUCGUUUCGUCGAGAAGAGCAGCCCGCCGUGGAAGAAGAUGACGACUACGGCUCCAUCCUGCCCACGGGUUCCAAGUUUCCCGGACACAAGAUCAGAAUUCCGCCAGCCCUGAUGCCGGAGGAGUCUACCGCGCUGCACCAUUUCGAGCUGUAUUUCCGCCACGUGCACCCGUAUGUGCCUGUGUUGGAUAAGAUUGUCUUUUACCAACAGUGGCACAACAACCGAGAAGCCAUCUCGCCUCUAGUCCUGGAGGCUCUUUUCGCCAUUGGAGGGCGGUUGGCAGAAGAACCCGCAAUGGGCCAGCAGUGGUUAGCACUCGCAUCGAGGCACGCAGACUCCUUUAUGGAUGUGCCGAGAUUGAGUACGCUCCAGGCCUUGUUGAUGAUUCUCAAGGCCCGCGAAGCAGCACCCAAACGCGGAUAUUUCUACCGAUCCUGGAUGCUUGUUGUCCAGUGUGUGCAGAUGGGGAAGGACCUGGGUCUGGACGAGCAUUUUGAGGACCAUCAGGCUGGCAUUCCCUGCGAUUUCACCGUGGCAGAGUGCAGGCUUCGGACAAGGAUAUGGCAAACCAUCUUUGUUUGCGAGGCCAUGAUUGGUAGUCCCCAAGGCCGACACGAUCUGGCCGUAACUCAGGAGUCGGUCGAUUUCCACGUGCCGCGACCCGUCCCAGGCGGUGACGACGGCGAGCAUCAAGUUUCCAGGAACUUCACUUACCUGGCCCGUCUCGUCCGGAACAUUCGAAAGAUGAGCCUGGCGUAUGCGAAACUGAAGAGAAUCAAAGAAUGGGCCGUCAACCCGGAGUUUCAGCAGCUCGAACAGAGCAUCUCGACGUAUCUGACGGAGCUGCCUGCGGACAUGGCCAUCACCUAUCCACAGGACGGGUCACCACCGUACCUAACCUCAUCGUUUUACGGAAAUCUUCACUCGUAUUACCAUCUGUCGCAACUGCUGUACCAUCGGCCCAUCCUGUCAUUCCUCGAUCCGACCACAAACGAAGCCCAAUGGAAACACCACAUGAUGAUAUGCUACACUUCGGCCAAAGCUCUUUGUCGGUUGCAGGAAGCUAUUCUGAGGUCGUACGGCUUGACAGACCUGCAGAGCAUGCAGCGCGGUUUUAGUUUCACAUUAUACGCUGGGUUAACUUGCAUCGUCAUCCACCUCGUCGCCAUUGUCUCACCAGACCCGGAUCUCAACACGGACGCCCGAGAGUACUUUCAGCGUCACAUGAGGUUGAUGGAGACGGUCAUGGAGGCUUGGCCGAUGCCAGACCUGCAAACGCAAAUCGAUGCCAUUCGCGAAGCAUUUUCGGCGGAUAUCCGACGUCCCUUUGUUCUCAAGCCAUCGUUCCCCUAUGGCAGCCCGCGUCCUUCCCAGUCAAGUCCCCCGAGCAUGGGCACGUUGGCCUAUGCCGGCGCGGCGCUGGAGCAGCAUCUGGAUCCGCCGAGCCAGCAGGCCAGCUACACAAGCCACCCCAUUACACCGCCCAUUUCGGUGGGCCCGAUAGAUAGCAGAAGCGACUCCCCAGCCGUACAGUCGCUCGUGAUGAUGCCGCAGGAUGGUGGCCAUGGGGCGGACCUGCAACAAACAAUGAGCCUGGGGAACAAUCCGCCGCCAACCUGGAAUCCGGCGCGGAUUUUCGAACAUUGGAACGCCACAUUUGGUGCACCGGGUCCGGCAGACCAAGCCUCCGCGUCAGGGCCGGCCUCGGGCCAGUCGUUGUCGCCGAGCACGGGGCAGCUGGCUCAAGCGCAAUACGCCGUGGCAACGUCGGCGCCAAACUUCAUAACCCCGGCCAUGUGGCAAGAGUCGGUGGCCAGCGUAUAUGAGGGGGGUCUCAAGCGAGCCUGGGAUUACGACGGCGGCAUGGCAGACCUGAAACAUCAUUAA